UAAAUACUGCAGGAUGAUUUUUCGUAUGAGUAAACAUCCUUCCAAUAACGAUCAGACCGAUAAUGUCUUAAAAAGAGGAGCAGGAUCUACAUUUUGGUUUUCUUCUUUCUGUAUGGACUAUUUCUGGAUACAGAACCUUCAGGUAACAUGUUGACUGUCCAUAAAAUGCAUUUUAGCAUCUUCCUGCUUUUGUGGGGAUGGAUUUUAUGCACUGAAUGCAGAGUCCACCGACAAGGAAAAGAAAUACACGAGGUAUACAAAAAAGGCAGCCGGCCACAGCGGCAGAGACGGGAGGCCCACGGCGAGGGGCACAAGCAAGGCAGCCCAAUCCUAAAACGAAGCCCAGACAUUACUAAAUCUCCGUUGACAAAGUCAGAGCAGCUGCUACGAAUAGAUGACCACGACUUCAGCAUGAGACCAGGUUUUGGAGGCCCUGCCAUUCCUGUUGGGGUGGAUGUCCAAGUUGAAAGUCUGGACAGCAUUUCUGAGGUGGACAUGGACUUCACUAUGACACUUUAUCUGAGGCACUACUGGAAAGACGAGAGGCUGUCCUUCCCCAGCACCAACAACCAAAGCAUGACCUUUGAUGGCAGGCUGGUGAAGAAGAUCUGGGUCCCCGACAUGUUCUUUGUCCACUCCAAGCGUUCCUUCAUCCAUGACACCACCACAGACAAUGUUAUGCUGCGGGUCCAGCCAGAUGGGAAGGUACUUUAUAGCCUCAGAGUUACAGUAACAGCCAUGUGCAACAUGGAUUUUAGUCGCUUUCCCUUGGACACACAGACGUGUUCCCUGGAGAUUGAAAGCUAUGCCUACACUGAAGAUGACCUCAUGCUUUACUGGAAGAAUGGGAAUGAUUCCCUUAAAACAGAUGAGAGGAUAUCACUAUCCCAGUUCCUGAUUCAGGAGUUUCACACCACCACAAAGCUCGCCUUUUACAGCAGCACAGGGUGGUACAAUCGUCUCUAUAUAAAUUUCACUUUACGUCGACAUAUCUUCUUCUUCUUGCUCCAAACCUACUUCCCUGCCACCCUCAUGGUCAUGUUGUCCUGGGUGUCUUUCUGGAUUGAUCGCCGAGCAGUUCCUGCCAGAGUCCCGUUAGGGAUAACAACUGUGCUGACCAUGUCUACAAUCAUCACUGGCGUGAACGCCUCUAUGCCUCGUGUUUCCUACAUCAAAGCAGUGGACAUUUACCUGUGGGUCAGUUUUGUGUUCGUCUUCCUCUCAGUGCUGGAAUACGCAGCAGUGAAUUACCUGACUACGGUGCAAGAGCGGAAGGAGAGGAAACUGCGGGAUAAGCUUCCAUGUGCGUGCAGCCUCCCUCAGCCUCGGACCAUGAUGAUGGAUGGCAGCUACAACGACGGAGAUGUCAAUGAACUGGGGCACUACAUGUCCGAGAACGGAGAUAAGCAAGACCGAAUGAUGGUGCAGCCAGCGCGGGGGUCUGAGAGAGGCAGGAGGAAAAACCAGAGAUAUGUCAGCAUGCGGAUCGAUACUCAUGCCAUCGACAAGUACUCCAGGAUAAUAUUCCCUGGUGCAUACAUUUUAUUUAAUUUGAUAUACUGGUCUAUUUUUUCAUAAGUAUACGUAACUUCGGUAGUCUCAGAACAUUGUGACAUUAAACAAAAGUUCUGUCUAAUAGGCUAACAAAGAAAAUGGAGAAUUGUUUUAAUUGGAAGGAAGAUUGAUUUUUUUUUUUAGGAUUUAUUUUUUUUAUUAGAUGCAACUCCUCUGUGGCAUAAAUAAUUGUGCAAGUUUCAUAUUUCAGCAAAAUAUAGGAUAUAAAAUCUAAAAUUUUAUACUUAUUUACAGCUGUGCUACGUUCCUUCUUGUGCCUCACAGGCCACUGUAAACUAAUUUAACAAGUGACUAUAAUUGCCAGCUGCUUAUAAAUGGUGCAUCCUCCAGUCUGUGCCCCUGAAAUGCUGUUCUCUUAAGUACCUGAGUGCAUGCACAUAUCUCAGCAAGCUUAUCACAAUAUAAGAAUAUACAAAUACUUGUGUGUUUGUAGGACGAGUUCAGAGGUGGCCAUUAUAAACACAAAAUCUGCAGUGCCAGAAAACAUUUUGGUAAGGUUGUUGAUGGCUACAGCUUGGUCUCACUGCUUAAUGCGUGCAGCCCUUGCCAUACUGCACUGACAGGUCCACAGAGGAACACUUUCAGACUUGUGCUUUGUCUUGAUCAUAUUUAAAACAAAGAAAUCCUUCCCAGUUAUUUGGACUAUCUUCUUAAAAUCAGACUUGCCAUAUGCAUUUACUAAGGAAUGAACAAAGGCCAUUCUUUUUGCAACGAUAACCAAAUCCUCUGGGAAACACAGGAGCUCUCCUUGGAUCUGCUCAUAUGGGUCAGUGGGAGUUCUGCUGUUGAAUUUCCUAGGAAAGAAGACAGGUUUCUCUACAUAAUGAUCCAGUGAAGACAAUCGGAUGUCUGCAAAACGACUAAAACUACUAUAGGAGCAGCCGCUUCUCUCUGAGAUAGUCUGGGCAUCACAGCCUGAGAACCUGUUGCAGCCCUCAACUUCUUGUCUCUGCUAAAGCCACUGGUAAUUGCACUCACUUACAGGAAAAGCCUAGUCAAUUUGUUUAUAGUAAAGGCAUAAUAGAAAGGUGCUCAACAGGUGACAAAGCAGUUGUAAGGACUUUACAUCUGAGUUACUAAAGAUAUCAUGCCAAACACUUUAAAAUGAAGUAAAAAUGAGCUUCUACCAUAAGACAGCAGCUCCACUGCAGAACCAGGUACAUCUAUCUGACUCUGCUUUCAUGCUGCAUCCAUCUCGCUGGCACCUUGCAGCCCACUGUGCUCUUAUAGCAGGAUCAGCACCUUCCAGGGCAGGAGUAAGGAGACGCAGAUGGAGCUGGGGGAGAGACCCAACUCUCCACCACAGUUUUCAUCAGAGCAGCAAGCCAGCAUAAAUGCUCCUUAUGGACAAGGCAAAAUCUGUAAUGCAGGAGUAAUAAAAUAUCUCAGAAAAACAAGAAGCUGUUGAACAGAAUCAGAGGCCUUUACAAUAACAGGCACACCGAAGGUGUCUCAGAAAGCGAGGUCAUUCAGCUGUCUGCUGCUGUGUGUUAUCCACCUACAACCACAAAGCUAACUGAGGGUUUUGAUUAAAAGGACUUUAAACACAUGCAGAUUUUGCACACAAAUAAGUAAUUCAUUUUUCCCUGUAGAGCAGGUACUGCUGCCUUUCACAGGUGUAGCUAUUCUUGAGAAUGUGACCAAAGCAGUUGUGUCUCCAAAGGGAAAGUGAAUCUUCUUACACAAAAUCUGCCCUGGACUGACUGAUCCGCUACUCUAAGCAACAGGCUAGUGACACAGACAUUACAGUUGUUUGAACACUGUUGGUUGUUGCUUUAAUUUUCUAUGUAAAUAAAUGUCAUGACAUACUCAGCAUUUCUUACAACUGCUAAAAUCAUGACAUGCAAACCUACCUACACUCAGCUUGCACGUACAGCCUACGCUCCACAGGUAAGGCCAUGAAAUUGCAAAAGCUAAAAUAAUUUCAAAAGACAAUAAGACAGUUCUACUAAUUUUUAUGUAGCAUUUUUUUUUCCAUGUACACACAUAAUCUUAGCUUCAUUUAACCAAUUUUCCUUGAUACCACAUUAUUCUCUAGUAAGAUUUUACUCAUGAAAUUAAAAAAAAAAAAAAAACAUAUUCUCUUAACUGAAACAUUUCAGUCAAAUGAAGGCAGAAAGUUCACUCUUCUGGCAAAAGCAGAUGAAAGGUUGGCCACACUCCAUUAUUCAGAAAGCACCUUCCCCCAACAAACAGCUCCAAGACUUCUUGGGCACUACUUCCACAGGAAUGUAUUUAGAUCCUCAGUGUUGUAAGAACCCAUUCAUUCCUACCAUUUAAGAACAGCACGAACAGGAGUGCCAGGUUUUAUUGUAAGCUCUUUGGCUUCAUAAGAAGCUUAAUGCUACAUAGUUUGCUGCAGUACUGUACAUUCCUUCAUAGACUCAUUAAUCUCAUACUACACACAUUCUUUGGCAUCUGAUCAGCAUUUUCAGAGAGAUUUUGAAGAUAAAAAUGGGAGUUGAACUUCCAAAUUCCCCAGCUUUCAGUGGGAGACUGGUUUCUAACUUCCCAUGUGAUUUCCAAAGUUUCUCUUACAGCACAUCUCCCUAAACAGACUCCAUGAUUGGAUUUACAUUGUUAAUUUGUGUUUUAUUUGGGAAAUUCUAGUGCCUUUUCAGUCUUAUAUAAAUGUGUAUAUAGAGGUAUUCUAUAAGUACAGGAUAUGCCAUAUACAGCCAGUGCUCGCGGUCAAUGACUGUACUGAUACAAUAUUAUUUACAUACAGGUUUUAGUCUUUUAACCUUCCAGUAUACAGUUUUUUGUAUCCAAUCAUUAACAGUCUGCUCCUUUCCAUUUCCACAAUAAAUGAGCAAUUUGUUUGGUUUGGUUUACUUCUUGAAACACUCAAAAUCACAAUAAAACUUCACAUUUGUACAGCAUUGCAUUUUCUACCUUUGAAUGAUCUGUGAGCUUAUUAUAUGUGUAUGCAAGACAUUUUUGCUCAGAAUCUGAUCUAGUUAAAUACCAAAUGUCCUUAAAUCCUGUGAUGUUGGUAGGGCUGGAGAACCCUGUGAUUUCACAGGCAGAGCUCCAAUAAGAAGCCUGCAAGCAAACACUCACCAAGAAGCUGACAUUAAGCUUUCCACCCCAGACUGUGUACCUUACAGUGCUAAUUCUUCCAUAGAGUGCUACUUUGCAAUAAAAUUCAGACCAAUUUCUUUGAGGUUAACCCAAAGCACAGCCUAGGAUGAAACUGGUUGUGGAACUUAAAGAGUUUCGGCAGGUCUGCAUGGAUUAUGGAUAGACACAAGUUCUGCCUGUGAACAUAUCUAGAUUAGAGACCGAAGCCUUUAAUAAUAGUUUUUAAAGCUGCUAAUUACUGAUAGAAUGAAGCAGCAAGGAGCACAACUUCAGAAACAGAUCAAUGAAAAAGCAUGAAGAAAGAUCAAUGAUCUCUUUCCUUCCCCAGUAAAACAAUGUUCUUAUAAUUAUCAAAUCAUUAGAUGCCUCUCUUUCUAUGUUUUUCAUGCCCAAGCAAAUGAUCCUCUCAGUCCAAAACAGAUCUAAACUUCUUGCAAACCCUGAUGAGCAAGCACAAAACCCUGGGACACCCUGCAUUUGCACAUAUUGCAACAUGGUAUUUGAUGAAGCGCUGAAGAAGCAGUGAUGAGAAAACAAAAGCAACUGCUAGACAACGUGUACCACAUGUUCUGCAACAGGACGUAACUAGCUCAGCAGCCAUCCAAACACUGAAACAAAUCCAUGAAAUCUGAACAGAUUGUAGGGUGUGAAAGCAUGUUCCAGGAACCAACAGUACAUACAAACAGGAAAACUUAGGAAAAUUAUAGUGCCUGACAAAUUUUAAGUACUUGUCAAACAGUUAUUAUGAAACAAGACUGUGGCACUACAAUUCUGUGAUUCUGUUGUAAAUUUGCAUGCUCUGUAGAGGAGCUCUAGGGCAAUCAAAUGCUAGCACUGCAUGAACAGCUGUUAAGACUACCCACUGGCUUUUCACUGUAUUUUUAAAUAAGGACAUUAAAAUGCAGUUGUGAUUGAGAAAAAUCCUUGAGGAGUUUGUUAGAUACUUUUCACUUCCAUUAGUACCUAAAGGAAUCUAAAAAGGCAGCAAUCUUACCCAAAUUUGAUUUAGUAGAGAGUUUGCGUAAGAAUGCACAUUUGUUCCCUAACACAAACAUAAGGUGGGCACCAGUAGCAGUUAGAGGCUGGCAACAAAGGCUUUGAAGAAGGCUACUACUUUCAAGACCAGGAAAUAGUAAACCUUAGGGACGAACAAGAAAUCAUUUAGACUGACUUUUUAAUUUUAAAAUUUAAUCCUAAACACUUUGCUCUAAAUCACAAUCUGUUGUAAAGGAUGUUGUAAGCAAGUUUGAGACAACCAUUCUUAAUCAAUACUAGAAAAAGACUUAGUUCAACUGCUAAUGUGACUCAUCCACAGAGAGUCCUUGUAAUCAGGUACAGAGAACUCAGGCAAUGGGAACAAAAUGAUCACAGAAAUGUGAUUCACAAGAUAAAGCUGCUCCCCAUUUACUGUCUGAAGAAAGGCCAGUGGAUCCUUCUACCACAGGUAGCUUAGCUCAGCAGGUUACAAGUUCUCACCUUCAAAUCUUCUAAUAAAAGGAAAUCCAUUGUACUUCAUGAUUUAUUUUUUUGUUUCAUUUUACAGCAGGCCUACCUCUUAUUGAAAUUAUAGGACAGAUAUUUAAUAAGGAAAUACUGUAGCUUGGUGGGCUGGCAGAAGUUUUAAGUUCUUCACAAAGUCUGGACAUAAUUACUUUGUCUUUGAACAACUGUGAUUUGCUAUCAGCUCAGAGAAGAUCUUACAAUAACUUUCCAGUACUUGAAGGGGGCCUACAGGAAAGCUGGAGAGGGGCUAUUCGUAGAGGCUUGUGGGGAUAGGACAAGGGGGAACGGGUACAAACUAGAGAGAGGUAGAUUUAGACUGGACAUUAGGAAGAAUUUCUUCACCAUGGGAGUGGUGAGAUGCUGGAGUUGUGGAUGCCCCAUCCCUGGAGGUGUUCAAGGCCAGGUUGGAUGGGUCCUUGGGCAGCCUGCUUUAGUGGAAAGUCCCUGCCUGUGGCAGGGGGCUUGGAACUAGAUGAUCUUUAAGGCCCCUUCCAACCCUAACUAUUCCACGAUCUUAAUUGCUGAAAUGAUUCUGAACAGCCGAUAGCAAAUUACACCUUUAAUCAGUACUUCAACUUCACUUUAAUUCCAGCAAUGAUUACAACAAAGUUAAGAUGUCCUUUUAGUGCAGAAAUGUUUAAUUAAGUGAUCUUGGGCAUGAUGCAGCCAACAGCAAGCUAGUCCAGACAAAGAUAACUGAGAAGAUACAUCAGCCUGUAUGAAACAAUACAGCACAUGUUCCUACCACUGGGAUUCCAACACUCCAUCUUAAAAAAACAAGAAAGCAAGAAGUUAAGCAAUUCAUGCAGGAGGAAAUAAAAAGCCACUUAUGCUAAGAAAAUGCAUAAACUAGCUUGUUAACUCAGACACAAUCAUAACCAUGCCCGAGAAGUCCCAAGGCAGGGUUUAAGUUAAAAGUUAAGGAAAAAGUUUCUUUGACAAACUUGAGACCAAAUUUCAUUUGGUUUUAAUAUCCAACUUACUAUCUGGACAUACGUGAAGCUCAGUGUCCAACCUGUUUCAUGCAUUCAUCUGUCAAAACUGUCUGCUAAUGAAGGAUGAAGGCAAGGAUACUGCUGUAAGGGCCAUCUUGUAACCUGAAAUGGUUACGGUCACGCUGAACUCCUCUAGUAAGUGGCUUGCAAUACAAAAACACAUUUAAUUGUGCCUUUAGUUCUUACAGAGACUGAUAAGCAGUUAGUACAGAAAUUGAAUAUAGAAAUUAAUAAAGCAUAAAUUCUGAUUAGAACUCUAUUUAGAGACUGGUGCUGUUAAAAACAAAGUUUCUGAAAUUAUUUUGGGUACUGUGACUUCCUGGGGAAUGCAGUUUGUCCAAUUUCUUUUCAAAAGCUUACUAUAAUACCUGUACUUUGGAAACUAAAAAAGGUGUAUGUGCAUUUUCCUGCAGUAGUUUAAAAUGUAUUACUGUAAAGAAAAAAACAACAUUUAGUAGUUCUCCUCUUUUUUUUGAUCAAUGACUUCUCCACAACACCCUCAAAAUUUAUUACGAGGAGGGUCAAUGCAUUUCAGGACAAUCACAACCUUUACAGACUGCAUUUCCAUGCAAACAGUUCUAUUCCACUGCUAGAAGCUACUAUUCUUUAAAACCAGGCAUGCUGCCAAACAUACACCCUUCUCUCUAGUGAAACCAGCUCAGGUUUUAAGCCUCUACUUUGUUGCAAGAAAGUGACUGGCCGGAGAAAAAGCACUCCAUAGAUCAGAUUCAGCUUAUGAUCACUGAUUAAUUAGUGCUUAUUGAAGAACAAAAAAUUCCAUGUAAAUGCCAUAUUUACCCUAUAAGGGAUAUUACUGUAGCAAUACACAGAAAAUGACUGACAAGGGAUCCGAACAUUAUCUUCAACACAACAACUGAAAGACAAUAUAUUUGGGCUCUCUGAAAUUCAUCACCAUAUUGAAUACAGCAAACAUUACAGCUACAUCAAUGCAGUGAUACUAAUUGCUUCUCCUAAAAUCAAAAAAAACAACAAAAAAACAGCAUUUCUUCAGCUUUAUGUUUAUCCAGCCCCUUCUGGAAUUCUAAUAUCGUGUCUCCAUUAAGUCAGUCCUCCUGAGAGAUGUUUAAUGGAGUUCAGCGUGGUGCACAUGAUGCUCCUAUGUCAACACCAGAUUCUUUGUUAGUUUCUACUAGAUUUAUUUGCCCCUCUUCUUUUAGCUUCACCU